AUGAAACAUAAAAUUGCCGAAGUAAAAUCCAAUAAUAAGUUAUUUGGCUUAAAAGACAAUAAUCGUAUCAAGAGAUCUUUAAAUGCUGUUGGUUCCAUAUACCACCUACUGUUUGGAUUAAUGGACAAUGACGAUCGUAAAGAAUUAGAACACGACAUGAGAAAUCUUUUAAGCAAUCAAUUCAAGAUUGAAAACCUGCUUCGCAAUCAAACCUCAUUGGUUAAUGCUACGAUAAAUGUUUUACAGAAAACUACCAACGAAGUAAACGAAGGUUAUAAGCAAAUUCAGGAAAAGGUUGACAACAUGAUCGAGAUCACAAAUGAACAAUAUUUUAUCUAUAAAGAGUUCAUUAAAUUUAUGGCAGUCGCAAAUCAAAUGGAGGCUCAACUACAAGAAAUAGAAAAGAUUCAAUUUCAAGUGCUAAGGCUACUAAUAGAUGUUAAUCAUGGAAAAAUUAGUUCAGUUCUGUUAAGACCGGAACAACUUAGCUUGGAAAUUGCAAAAAUAAAAGCAUGGCUACCAGAGAAGAUGCAAUUACCUGGUGAUACAUCCAAUCAAAUUGCCACAAUUAUCCGUCUUCUAACAGGAGAGGCAAUAAUUGUGAACAGCAAGCUAGUUAUCAAAAUACAAAUUCCUCUGAUUACAAUAAAAUUUUCCAACAUUUUUAAGGUAGUUCCAGUUCCGGUCAAACAUGGCGAUACGAACGUAGUGGCGUCCAUAGCUCAACCUUACCUAGUCUACAGUCACGAGAGUGAUGUUUACCAUUUAACGUCUGAAUUGGAGUGGCGUCAAUGUAAAACCAUAUCUGACCGACAAUACCUAUGUGAUGAGACUUGGGCAUGGCAAGAUGCAAACGAUAACUCCUGCGAAGUAUCUCCUUUGAAACCACAUAAGAAGAUUGUAUGCCAGUUUGUAGAGGCCAGUAACAAACAUAUGUGGGUAAAUCUAAAUAAUCGUCGGCAAUGGAUUUUUAGGGCAUCAUUAAACGCUACUUUACACGUAUUUUGUGACCAGAAGCAUCAAGACCCGUUUUCACUUCCACAGCAGGGUCUGUUGAUACUGCAAUCAGGGUGCUCUGGCCAAAUUGGAAAGACGCAAAUACCAGCAAGCAAUCAUAACAAUGUAUCAACUCAAGGGGAUUUUGGUAUACAAUUGAUAAAACAUAUGCAAGAUACAUCAGCUGAUCUAUUGAAGCCAUUAAAUUCACACUUAAUCGAUCAUAAAGAAGACAUCAUUAAGAUUAAGCAACAGAUUCACCGCAUCCAAGCAGAAGAUUGGACCCUGAAAGGUUUACACUUCCAUCACGCAACUGGACACAUAUCAUUAAGUAUUUUAUGUAUAUUUAUCAUGAUUAUCCUAGUUUACUUUAUAAGAAAAUGUUUGUUAAAGGGGAAGGCGAAUGUGAUUAUUAUUCGUCGACCACAAGAAACCUAG